CCCGUGACUUCCGUUUCCGGCGGCGCGCCCGCGCAGCAUCCGCGACUACCAGACCGUGCCGUUUCUGGCCGUAAGGAUCAAUUGACUUGCGAACUGGUCGAUACAAGAGACAACGGCGACCGACAACGAAGGUCGAAUGGUUCAUGUGUUAGCAUUGUAAUAAUAAAGCAAUGGCUGCUCAUCUCUUCAACCGCAUUGGGCAGGUUGGUCUUGGAGUCGCUCUUGUUGGUGGUGUAGUCAACUCUGCAUUAUACAAUGUUGAUGGUGGUCACAGAGCAGUUAUCUUUGACAGAUUUGCUGGCGUUAAGAACCUUGUUGUUGGUGAAGGAACACAUUUCUUCAUACCCUGGGUACAGAGACCCAUCAUGUUUGAUAUAAGAUCGCGACCCAGAAAUGUCCCCACUGUCACAGGAAGCAAGGAUCUCCAGAAUGUAAAUAUCACACUCCGUAUCCUAUUCAGACCGGUACCUGAUCAGCUGCCCAAGAUCUACACAAUCCUGGGAGUUGACUAUGAUGAGAGAGUGCUACCGUCUAUCACAUCUGAAGUCUUAAAGGCUGUAGUCGCACAAUUUGACGCUGGAGAACUUAUCACACAGAGAGAGGUAGUCUCACAAAAAGUAAGUGAAGGCUUGACAGAGCGAGCUGGCCAGUUCGGUCUCAUCCUUGAUGACAUCUCAAUCACACAUCUGACCUUCGGCAAGGAGUUCACACAAGCCGUCGAAUUAAAGCAAGUGGCUCAGCAGGACGCUGAAAAGGCGCGUUUCCUGGUAGAAAAGGCUGAACAGCAGAAAAAGGCUGCUGUUAUAGCUGCUGAGGGUGACGCGCAGGCGGCCGUACUUCUCGCUAAGUCAUUCGGCAGUGCUGGUGAAGGUCUCGUGGAGUUGCGUCGUAUCGAGGCAGCCGAAGACAUCGCGUACCAGCUCUCCAAGUCUCGCAACGUCACCUACCUACCUCAAGGACAAAACGUAUUGCUAAACCUUCCCACGCAAAACUAAACAAACCUUUAGUACGCAUCUGCAAAAUUAAUUUACAUAAUAAAAAUCAUAAACUGAAUAUACGGUUUAAUUACAGUGUUAAAAUAGGUGUUGGCUCUGUGAAAUUGCAUUUUAACUUACACAUAUAUUAUAACAAUGUUGCAUUUUGAUGAGACUUUCUGCUGUUUCCGCCGAUAGAUUGUAUUGUAGUCAUUUAUUAGUUUUAUGAAAAAUUGUAAUUACGCCAUUAAACUAUACUUUUGUUGAAAGUCGUUUUAUA